UUGAGUCAAGACGCAGCAAUGAAAUUGAUUGUAGCACUCGUCGUGGUCGUAGCCGCAACAGCUUCCGGUAAAGUCAUCAGUGGACCCGAAGAGCUGAGAAGUGCUGGAUAUGGUGAUAAUUCCAAGGUUAAUGAUGAUGACAUUAUAGAGUGCAUAGCAAAAAUUUUAAAGACAAUUAAAUGGGACACCGAUAGCGGUAAUGGUGGUGACGAUGAUGAUGAUGGUAAUGGUGGAAUAUUCGCUGUAGAAGGUGGUGUUUCAUCGACUUAUGUAACUGAACCAUCAGUUACAUCAACCAUUGCGCUAAGCAGAAGUGCACAUAGAUCGGUGAAUAAGGAAGCAAAUCAUAACAAAGGCAACAACGUGCAUGGGCAAGGCAAGGCUCAUGGUAACGCACACGACAAAGGUCAUGGUAAAGCCCAUGCCAAAUCGCACGGUAAAGGUAAAGCGCAUGAUAAAUCUCAUGCUAAAUCGCACGACGCAAGAAAUCACAACAAGAAAUCAAAGAUCGAUAAAACCAAUAAAAACCAUCAAUAGCGAGGGUGCAUAUUCUAAUGGUCUGGGCUACUAAAAUGUAGAUGGAUUAGUUUUAGUCUUCU